AACAGAGCCUGUCCCACUGACAGCUGUCUCUGGAAGGAACUGGAAUCAAUCUGAAGCCCCAAGGACUUGAAGACAAACACUCAGAGACCUACAAGAUCCGGCAGACCCCAAAUGUGGCAGCUUUUAGCAGCAGCAUUUUGGAUUCUUCUUCUUGGACCCAUAUGUGGCUGUAAGAAAGGAAGCAUCACAAAUCCUGAAGCUAAUAUGAAUGUUAGUCAGAUUAUAUCCUACUGGGGUUAUCCUUGGGAAAAGUAUGAUGUUUUGACACAAGAUGGUUAUAUCCUUGGAACAUACAGGAUUCCUCAUGGAAAAGGAUGCCAAAGGAAAUCAGACCACAAGCCUGUUGUGUAUUUGCAGCAUGGUGUGAUUGCAUCUGCCACUGAUUGGAUUUGCAACCUUCCCAACAACAGCCUGGCUUUCCUUCUAGCAGAUAGUGGUUAUGACGUGUGGUUAGGAAACAGCCGAGGAAACACCUGGUCCAGAAAACACCUGAAAUUGUCACCCAAAUCAUCAGAAUACUGGGCUUUCGGUUUGGAUGAGUUGGCUAAAUAUGACCUUCCAGCCACCAUCAAUUUUAUCACAGAGAAAACUGGACAGAAGCAACUCUACUAUGUGGGCCACUCCCAGGGUACUACCAUAGCUUUCAUAGCAUUCUCUAUAAAUCCAGAACUGGCUAAAAGGGUUAAGAUAUUUUUUGCACUUGCUCCAGUUAUCACAGCAAAAUAUUCUCAAAAUCCUAUGAAAAAACUCACAACUCUUUCCAGGAAAGCAGUCAAGGUUUUGUUUGGUGAUAAAAUGUUCCACCCUCAUACAUUUUUGGAUCAGUUCAUUGCCACCAAAGUGUGCAACCGAAAGCUAUUCCAUCGUGUUUGCAGCAACUUCCUAUUCUCUAUAGCUGGAUUUGAUGCAAAAAACUUAAACAUGAGCCGCUUGGAUGUUUAUUUCUCACAGAGCCCUGCGGGAACAUCAGUUCAGAAUAUGCUGCACUGGGCCCAGGUUGUUAAUUCUGGUCAGCUCCAAGCUUUUGACUGGGGAAAUCCUGAUCAAAAUAUCUUACGUUUCCAUCAGCCUACGCCUCCUUUAUACGACAUUACUAAGAUGGAAGUUCCAACGGCAAUGUGGAGUGGUGGCCAGGAUAUUGUGGCUGAUCCCAGGGAUAUUGAAAUUUUGCUGCCCAAAAUUGCAAACCUCAUCUAUUACAAAGUGAUUCCAUACUACAACCAUGUGGAUUUUUACCUGGGACUGGAUGCACCCCAGGAAAUUUACCAAGACAUAAUUAGGUUGAUGAAGGAAUGUUCAUGAAAUUGACAAUAUUUUCUUUCUCCAAGCAAGUGGAUUUUCAUAAUCAUAAAGGGACAGACCCCAAGAUGAUCCCAAAUGAUUUCUGCUUUCUAGUGUCCAAGGCUUUAUGUGAUCGCCUCCCCUUGAGUGUGAAUAGAACCUGAGACUACCUUCUAACACAGAGAAUUGAUAAAGGAAACAGAUGUCACAUCCGUAGUAAGGUUGUGUUCUGUGACAAAGGUGUGGGAAUGUCACUCCCCAGUUGUGCUGCAUUAUGUAACAAUCUAGGCAGACUGGAAAAAGAACAUCUCACUGAUAGCUUGAUGAAAUGAACAUAUGUAUUGAAACCCACAUUGCAAGGAACUGUACAUGGAUUUUAGGAUCUGAGGGUGACCUCCAGCAGGUAACUACCCAAAAAUCAGAUACCUCUGUCACAAGCCACAAGAAAACGAAUUCUGCCUAAAACCUGAAUGAACUUGAAAGCUCACUGUUUUUGUAGCAAAAUGUACCAUUGAUAAAGUAACCUGGCCAAUACCUUGAUUGCAACCUGAUGAGACCCUGAGCAGAGGACCCAGCUAUACCAAAGUUUGACCUAUUGACUCAUAGAAACAGUGCUAUAAUAAAUGUGUAUUGUUUUA